AAUCUGCAGAGGACCGAGCGAGUUCACCUCUGCAGCUGUGAGGAGCCUCUGUGAGGUGAUGGCGUUUGGCGUCUGGCUGCUGCUGCUGCUGCUGCCGGCUGCAGCUCAGGCUCAGAGCGGAGACGGAGUCACUGACAUGGAGCCCAGAAUUCGCUGCACCUCCGACCUCAUGAGGGAUGGAAGCACUCUGACCUGUAAACUGAUCGGAGGCAUCGAGGAUGAUGACGAUGAGGCUGGUGACAUAGAGAAGAUGACAGUGUGUUACGAGGACAAUUUGUCACAGCGGAAAAUCUGUUUGGAGGAUUUCGGGGACACGGUCACCUCCACAGACCUGAGAUAUACGGUUGUUUACAAUGUGACUGUCCACCUAAAGAGAGGAGGCAAGAUCAAAACUACAGUCUACACAAACAAAAUAGUUAAACCGAAAAGUCCUCAGGUGUGGAACGUUACUUUCAUCCAGGAGACUAACCAGGCUGUCAUUAACAUUCGGAUUCCGUACAAGGAAGACUACCUGAAAAUAGAAAAUCAACUCUUCCAGCUGCACAUCUGGACCGCGGGCAGCAUGGAAAUGAUUCAAAACGUCUCAUCAGACAGCGUGAUUAUUGAUUUGGAGCACCUGCAAAGAAACGCCGAGCAUCAUGUCCAAGUGCGAGCGAUACCUAACAAACAUCUGCAAGGUACCUGGAGCGAGUGGAGUGAACCGGUCACUUUCUUUACUCCCGCUGUCCAAACACCGACAGAUGACAGGCGGGAGAUGUACACACUGAUUUUGUGUCUCGUCCCUUUUGUGGUGGUGACUUCCAGUGUUGUUUUCUUCUGGAAAAACAAAGCCUACGUGUGGCCGAACAUCCCGCAUCCUAAACACACACUGGUGCAGAUCUGCAAGCCAAAUAAAGGUCUCCUAUUGAACUUCAAACCUGAGGUGUUCAGCGCCCUUAAAGUCAACCCCACGGAAAAAACUGACGAGCAGUCGAGUGAUGAAGCAGAACCUUCGGUGCCUGCUGCUGCUGCUGCUGCUGACGGUACACAGUCGAAUCACGCCUGCUCCACCCAGAGCUCUGACUGCUCACGGAGCACCACCAGUGUCAGCACAGAGGAGCUGGAGCUCUCCGCCCUGCUGAGCAGGAGCUCCUCCGAAGGAGAGGACAGCCUCGAGAGCACCAGCCCGUCCCCCAUCAACGCCCUCCAGCUCGGGGAGAGUCCUGACACACCGCAGCCUGAGCGCAGCAGAGGACGCGAGGCUGAGCCUUACGUCACCAUGUCCAGCUUCUAUCAGAUAAAGUAGGUCAGGGUGAGGACGGACGGUGAGGACAGACAGACAGACGGAUAGGACCAGCAUAUUUAUCAAGUUUGUAUGAAUUACACUUCAGAGUGCUCUAAAGCAGUGUCUCCCAGCCUGGAGACCAGGACCCCUCAUGUCAAGUCGCAAGAUAAAUCCAAGGCUUUAAUAAGAAAACAUCUUUAAUUAAUUAAUUAAAUCAUUUUUAUUAGCAGCAUGGCCCUGUGGCAGACUGACAAAUCUCAAUAACUAUGUGAUGGAUUUAAGAAGUUUUAAAUCCAAGGAUUUAGCAUCUUUAGUUUAAACUUUAAAUGACCACAUUAACGUCUCUGGUAGCAUUUAAAUGGCACUUCCAUAACGUCGAGGGACUU